AUGGCGGUCGUGAUCAACGAUGCAGCGACUCUUAGGCAAUCCUUGGAGAGACACAACGAGGUGUUUUCAAACCUCCUGAAGCUCAUACCGCUGAGAUACUAUAUUGUUGAGAACAAAGAUGAGAUCGCUAGCAAAUGGCAGAAGAACACCAAAAAUCAGAAGAUACCGAAGCAGGAGGUGAAGGAGGCUACCAAGAAGGCUAAACGAGCAAACCUUGAUCCUGCAAAUCAAAAGACAACCCUAGAUAUCCUGCGUGAAGAGGAGGCAGCACACGAGGCCAAAAAAUCAAAUGGAGAUGUCAAGGGUAAAGGGAAACGUAAAGCUGAAGAGAUGGAGUCAGACGAUGAUGAAGAUGAUGAGUCUGCUGUCUUACACAAGGAGCCUGUCCCUAUGGGCACCGGUUCGAUCACCGAGCUGCGCUCAAAACUCCAUGAGCGUAUCGCUGCCCUGCAACUUAAAUCCGGUCGGAAAAGACCGGGCGAUGAGACUGAAGCUGGGGAGGAGACGGACGGAAUGCCGAGCACGAAGGACGAGCUGCUGGAGAUGAGACGGAAGAAGAGGGGUGAGGUGCGGGAUAAGAGGAGGAAGGAGACUAAGGAGCGGAAGGCGAAGGAAAGGACUGAGAAGGAGGGGAAAGGAAAGAAGAUGGGUGUGCUACCCCCACCGACUAAACUGCUUGUUCCUGAACCUCCCAAGUCCCGGCCAGAAACGACGUUCAACGUCUCCGUAACGUCAAAAACUACAUCUUCAUCCAAAGCGGCCAAACGACAUAUCGCUCCAUCGGAUCCAACACAGGCACUCGCCAAGCUAUCCAAGAAGCAACAGGCGCUUGACAAGCUCGAUCCCGAGGCACGGAAGAGGCGAGAAGAACAGGAUAGGUACGAGAAGGCGGAGAUGAGGAUUGAGGGCGGGAAAGUGCAUGAUGAUCCGGCGAGGCUGAAGAAGGCAGCGAAGAGGAAGGAGAAGGAGAAGGAGAAAAGCAAGAAGGACUGGGAUAAACGCAAGCACGAGCUCCAGGUCUCUGCUGCAGCCAAACAGAAGAAGCGGUCUGAUAACUUGUUGGUGCGUAAUGAGCGCAGAAAAGAUAAGAAGGCUGGCAUCAAGCCCAAGCCAGGUAAGGCAAGGCCUGGCUUUGAGGGGAAACCGAUGCGCUUUUCGAAGAAAAAGACGAAUGUCGCGGGGAAGAAGUAAU